AUGGCACCAUCAGCCAAGGCAAACUACAAAUCUUUCGAGGCUCAAGCCCGCCUCAUACGCGCCAUCGUCGCGGCCCAUCCAGAGGUCAAAUGGAACUACAAGGAAAUUGCUGCCUGCUAUGGAAGCGACAUGACCGAUGCUGCUCUCAACCACCGCUUUCGUCGUCUCCGUGCCGAAGCCGUCAUCAUAUCAGAGGGACGGAAGCAGGAUAUAUCCAAAUACUUUGGCCAAUCCACCGCCGACGGGAUCCAGUUCCAGUUCCGCUCCAUCAAAAAGGAUGCUGACCUGCUCCGCCAGACGGCCGAGUCGGGCGGCGAGGUGGCCACCUGCCCUCUCCCCGGCCUUGGCGGCCCCGGGAGCGCCAUGUCUACCCCGUCCAAGGCCACGCCCUCCAGGGGGGCCGCGCGCAAGCGGAAGCCCGCCUCCGCCGUCAAGGAGGAGACCACGUCCGAUGUCGACUCCGAGCUCGAGGAGAUAAGUGCUCAGGACUGGAGCGACAGGGACGCCAUCGACAACACCCCCUCCAAGAAGCGUACCAAGACCGUCACCGCCAUGCCGUCCCGCACCAGGGUAAAAGUUACAGAAGCUGCACCGCCACCGGCGGCGGCGGCGGCGGCGGCGGCCCUCAAGGUCGAGCCUGGCAUCCCGUCCGUCGCCCCCUCCAGCAUCCUUGGCACUCCGGCCACCGCCACCGCCACCGCCGACCCCCCACCCCCUUCUCUUAACAGCGGCUCGAUGGAUUCCCUCACCGUCGGGGGGGAGAGUGCUGUGGGAUACGGUUCUUACAGUGGCUACGGAGAGUACGACUUUGGCGCGAAUGAUGACGAGAUUUAG